GUUGACGACUAAAAACAAGAGUGGAAAAACGGUAUAAAAGGCGAACGCAUGCAUAGAUAGGAAUUAGGAAGGCAAAGAUGGGGGAGGAGUUGGACCUAAACAACCUAAAAGCAUUGAAAGUGUUAGGCAAAGGAGCCAUGGGCACGGUGUUCCUCGUCCAACACAAAAACAGCCACGUGGCAGUGAAAGUGGUGGACAAGUCAAGCUGCCUCCACGACGCACCCCGCCGAGCACGCUGGGAAAUCAACGUCCUAUCACGUUUAUCCCACCCUUUCCUUCCCUCCUUAUUGGGCUCAUUCGAGUUCCAAAAUCUAAUGGGCUGGGCCCUCCCAUACUGCCCCGGCGGCGAUCUCAACGUCCUCCGCUACCGCCAAACCGACCACGUCUUCUCCCCCGCUGUCAUCCGCUUUUACGUCGCCGAGAUCCUCUCCGCCCUCCACCACCUCCACUCCAUCGGCAUCGCCUACCGCGACCUCAAACCCGAAAACGUCCUCGUCCAGCAAUCCGGCCACGUCACCCUCACCGACUUCGACCUCUCCCGAACCCUCACUCCCAAAACUAUCAAAAGCCCCACACCGAAUAAUCACACACCCAAAACAGACUAUAUAACCAACGUUACGGGGCCUAAAACGUCGUUCAACAAAACCCGCCGCAACUUCCUCUGGAAGACUAACACUAACACAACCUCCAAGUGCGCCCGCGUCAGCCCCGUCACUCGCCGCAAGCCCAGCUUUUGCGACGGCGAGCGAUCCAACUCGUUUGUCGGCACCGAGGAGUACGUGGCGCCGGAGGUGGUGCGCGGCGACGGGCACGAGUUUGCCGUGGACUGGUGGGCCCUGGGGGUUCUCACCUACGAGAUGCUCUACGGGACGACGCCGUUCAAGGGGAAGAACCGCAAGGAAACGUUCCGAAACGUGCUUCUGAAGCCGCCGGAGUUCGUGGGGAGGAAGACGGCGCUGACGGACCUCAUUGAACGGUUGCUUCAAAAGGACCCCACCGCGCGUUUGGGUUACGUUCGCGGCGCUACCGAGAUCAUGGAGCACGAGUUCUUCAGAGGGGUCAGGUGGGACCUACUAACGGAGGUCAUGCGCCCGCCGUUUAUUCCGUCCCGGGACGACGUUGACCCUUUCGCCGCUGGACUCGACAUAAGGGGCUACUUUCAGAGAUUGAAAUCUCCGCCGUCGCCGUUACCGUCACCGUCACCGUCCUUUGAUGAGUUUCAGAAAAAUGUUUCUUUGCCGGAAUUCUGACGCACGUGCGAGGCCUUAUUUUCUUUUAACUCUUGAAAUAUCUGUCUAUAUGGGGAAUUAAUAACGCUAGAACGUGAAGGAACUGGUUAUGUAUAGAUAAAAACCGAAGAUAGAAUUGUACAAUACGGUUGUUUAUACGUGAAAUCUUUUUGAUAAGUUUCACAUGCA